GUCUUUUCAUCCUCGAGUGCGCGCACUAGCACCGCGCACAUAACGCGCGGAUCGCAGCAAGCGUCGCGUCGCGCCUCUCGUUCCAGCGGAUGUCUAAUGUAAACAUGUCCUGCUAGAAACCGACAGAAAGAAGAACACGACAGAGGCGUCAUUCAGCUGCAUCAAGAAGGACGAAGAGCGAAUUAAAGCGAGCGACACAGACGUGGGGUCGAGGCUCUGGAGGAGCAGCAGAGGGCAAAGCAACAUGGAGGAGUUCAAAGUUCAGACCGCCAAACACACCGUACCCAACAGUUCACCCAUGCGGCCGCACAGCGAGCACCCGAAGGAUCACGCGGCCAAACGCCUGUCCUCCGCGUCCAACGGCACGAGCGACGGAGGAGCGGGAGCCAAAACCCCUGUAGAGAUCACCGCGCUGGAGGAGUCCUUCCGCCGCUUCGCCAUCCACGGAGACACGCGAGCCACCGGCAGAGACAUGAACGGCAAGAACUGGUCCAAACUCUGUAAAGACUGCGGCGUCAUCGAUGGCAAGGGCAUCACCCUCACAGACGUGGACAUAGUCUUCUCCAAAGUCAAGAACAAAUCUGCGCGCACUAUUACGUACAGCCAGUUCAAAGAAGCGCUCGCGGAGCUCGCCAGGAAACGCUUCAAAGAUAAGAGCAGCGAGGACGCCGCGCAAGAGGUUUACAGAAUGAUAGAAGGGAAAUCACCCGUUAUAGCUGGCGUCACGAGAGCUGUGGCUUCCCCGACCGUGUCCCGAUUGACGGACACCACCAAGUUCACUGGAUCGCACAAGGAGCGCUUCGACGAGACGGGCCGCGGGAAGGGCAAGGCGGGGCGAGUGGAAGUGGUGGACACGUCCGGAUACGUGUCUGGAUACAAGCACGCAGGAUCAUACGAGAAGAAAGUUCAAAAACCUCCACAAAAACCCCUGUGAGAUUCUCCGUGCAGCAGUGAACGCGGCAGAAGACAAACCGACUCUAUAAAGCACAAACAGAUCUCCCAUUUUCCCUCGAGGGUACAUCUUUUUCUGUGAAUAACAUUGAGUUUGUUCCUCUCCCUAUAAGUGUUUUAUUUCUAACUGGAACGCUGUUUACAUCACCAGCUGGUUCGUUCCUAACAAACACGAUGAUGCCAAGAGAAAGACAAGUGACUACAGUAUUGCACGCUCUACUAGUGAAGGUUUUUGCUGUGCUGAAUAUUGACAUGAAGUGAAUAUUUGUCAUUUUGUGGCUUCUCUAAUGAUGCAGUUGAAUCAGACUUGAGUUAUGCAGUGCAAGUCCACAACAACACACAAAACAUUUCCAUUUAUAUUUUAAUGCAUUGGGAAGAUGCUUUUAUCCGAAGCAACUUGCAUUGCAUUUCAUGGUUGAAUUUGAUCAUUCAUGCAUUGCCUAGGAAUCAAACCCAUGACCUUGGCAUUUCUAACAUCAUGUUUGUAGAGCCCCUUUCACACAGCAAUCCUGGUAAAUUACCGUAAAAUUACCAGAAUGACUUUAUUUAAGCAUGCUGUUCGCUUUAUGAUUGGCUCAAAGCAGACUCCGUUUGUCAGCGCGCUCUUACCGUAAUCUUCAUUCUGCGUUCACACACAGCAUCGUACUGGUAAUGUUACAAAUUCCCCUUACUGGUAAAUCGCCAGAACCAAUUUACUGGUAUUUUUGAAAAGGUCCUGUUCACAUAUGAUCUUUCACUGGUAAUUUACCAGUAAAGACUGUAUGUGUGGAAGGGGCUUAUGUUUCAGGCCUACAAUAAAUAUAUUUGUCUUGGUAUAAAUUAUGCAUAAUUUGAAGGAACAGUUCACCCAAAAAUUUAAAUUUGCUGCGAAUGUACUCAAUCUGAGGCCAUCCAAGAUGAAGAUGAGUUUGU